ACCUGACUGUACCUCCCCAGUACUUUCUAGUGAUCCCAAUAGUUGUUCAAGAAUCAAUCACGGAUCAGCAUCAUUGUAUCUGAAACGUGACUUUACUAAGAUAAAUACACCUCGGCGCUGGACAGCUCUCAGUCUCCUAUGGAUUAUCACAUCUUCAUUCAGUCUCUUCAUGAUAUUAGGGCUGUCAGUUACGUUCUAGUCGCAAGUGCGACUUUAAUGAUACACGAAUGGUCAAUGCUGUUCGAACAGGAAGUUACACUCAUAUGGCACUCACCUUGGAAUCUGGUGAAGAUUCUCUACCUCAUGAGCCGAUAUUUCCCAAUCAUUGAUGUCGCCAUCGCCCUACAAGAACAUAUUCAACCCCGAGCAGAUCCGAAGAUUUGCCUCAUCAACAACAAUAUAUCCACUGUGUCCGCUGGUGUCGGUAUUGCGAUAUCCGAGCUGAUCCUGAUUGUGCGCACAUGUGCCCUGUAUGGGAACUACAAACGAGCUGUUUAUGGGCUUGGUCUGGUCUGGGCGAUUUGGGUAUCCGCGAAUAUUUGGGUUCUCAUUACAUUCAUGAAGUCAACUGUUUUCGAAUACCAACCGUCAUCGGUGCUCCCGGGCUGCUACUUGGCCAGUGAGAGUCCUGUCAUUUUUGUAUGCUUCGCUUCCCUGUUGCUGCUAGAAGCCGUACUACUAGUAUUACACGUUUGGAAGGCCCUUCGAUUACUUCGAGGGUCCAGGAAUGCCCUUGUAUCCACAUUCUUCCGAGAUGGAGUUAUAUACUACAUCUGUCUAUUUCCCUUGGCGCUGGCAAAUGUGCUUGUCAUUCUCUUAGCUCCGGAUGAUAUGCUGGAUUUGUUGGACACAUUGAUGCGUGUCUUUCACAGCACAAUGUGCUGUCGUUUACUGCUGGGACUUCGUCAGGCAGCGGUGGCUACACAGAGGGGAAGUAUAUCCACCACUCUUCCCAUUUCGGGUCAUAUCGCGUUUGGGACCCAAACGGUCGAUGGUGAGGGAUCAAUGAGUACACAGGAUUCCUGCAUGCUAUAGAGGAGCGGUUUAUAAGGCUGAAGGAAAAUAAUUUAUUGACAGCGGUAUCGGAGUAAUAAUGCCGUAUUUCGCUAAAUCUUAAUUUCAAGUCUUCAACAUCCUUUAGUAUUAGAACAAGCUAUGGUUAGUCGGAAGAGUUCCAUGAGAUGUUUAUAAGUAACCUCACCAUACACUUAAUGUCAUGG